AUGUACCUGGUACUUCCGGGUCAAAGGGCACUGGCAGACCGGGACGUACCAGCUCAGAAGAGAAAUGGCGGCUCUGUGGCUCUGGACUCUGCUCCUGGUCUACUUUGGAGCCCUACUCCUCCAUCGACGCCCACCUGGUGCUUAGACCGAGGAGAUAACAUCCAUAAGAUGUUGAGUGCCAGCUGGACUGGGCCAUCAACCCCAACAGCAUGUGCUAUGUGGGGCUCUGGUCCCAUUAUUGCCAUGGAUGGGAGCUUGGUGAUUAUGUUGUGUAUGUUGUGGAUUCUCCAUUCCCAGGCUCCUGUGUUCCUACGGCAGGAACGAGUUAAUUCGGACUGGGAUGUACAAUGUCCUGACACAAGGAAGAGUGUUUCCGGAUCCUGCCUUCUGAUCCCCUGCAGCUUUAAUUACCCAAGAGACGUACAGCCGGUUAAAGGGAUCGUUCCCAUCUGGUUCAAAAACUAUGGCGCCAAUCGAAUGUUGGUGUAUCACCCAACCGGGGCCAUCGAUGGCACCUUUCAGGGACGUGCGGAUUUCCUUGGCGACGUCACCCAGAAAAACUGCACAAUCGUCAUAAACGAUGUUAAGACUCAAGACGCGGGUGCGUACAAGUUUAGGUUCGAGAUUACAGGCGUCAACAACUGGCUGGGCAAGAACGAAGUCCAAGCGGACGUGACAGAUGAACCCCUGAGUCCGGAAGUCAUGGUUCCACCACGUAUAGCUGAAGGAGCGUUGGUGACCUUCCAGUGCUCCACGCCAUACUUCUGCCCAGAUGGUUCUGUUAAUCUGAACUGGCAGGACUAUGUCACGGAACGGUCCGUCUUGUCCAGCUAUCUACAGCUGGACAGCUCGCAAGUUCUCAUGCAACACAAUCUGACCACAAGCUUCACCUGGCUGGAAGACAAGAAGACCAUAAGCUGUGUCCUGUCUGUUGGAAAUAAAAAAGCUGUGAGGCAGGUUCCCCUUAAUAUCAUUCACCCCCCUAAAGACGUCACAGUUUCCAUCAGCCAUUCUGGAGGUAACAUCAAAGAAGGCGAUUCCAUGACUCUCACGUGCCAGGUUAACAGCAGCAACCCAGCUGUACAGAACUAUACCUGGUACAAGAACGACGUCAGAAUCUCCGGAGAGCGUUUCAUUUAUUUCCACAGCGUUUCCAGAAAUGAUUUUGGAGAAUACCGAUGUGAGGUCCAGAACGGUAUUGGAACAGAAACAUCUGACACGCUACAUCUUAUUGUCUUCUCCGCAAGGACCUUAGUGGCUCCAUCCUCCGAGGUGAAGGAGGGCGAGCUGGUGACGUUGACUUGUGAUGUUCCUGGUGGCAGACCUGAGGAGAUCCAGUACAGCUGGUUCAAGAACAACGUCUGGAUUCAGGAAGAAUACACAAGAUCUCUAGUUUUCCAUGAAGUGUUGAAGACUGACGCUGGUUAUUACUACUGCAAAGUUCAAAACGAUAAAGGCGGUGACUCCUCGCCUCCCGUAACAUUAAACGUUUUGUAUCCACCAGGAAUCCCUGUAAUCACGUCAUUUCUGGAGACCCAGGAAGGGAAGCUGGUCAUUAUUCAUUGUACGGUUGACAGCAACCCAUUCUCCGAGCUCAUGUUCUACAGAGAUGGAGUCCCGAUCACUUCCAACCAGAGGCUCCGGGUGAUUUCCGCACCGAAUUCCCUGAAGCUGCAGAUCCAGAACGUUCUUCUGUCCGAUGAAGGGACAUACAGCUGCCUGGCUCGGAAUUCUCUUAGAAACUCGACAUCAAGUCUCCAUUUCGCUGUAGAGACCGCCAGGGUAAUAAUAACUCCAUCUGCGGAAAUAGAAGAGGGGAAGGAGGCCACCCUCACGUGUUUGUCAACGAGAAACUCCCAGAAAGUGUUGACCUACACUUGGUACAAGAAUGGAAUGUGGCUUAAGGAGGAUUCUGAAGGGAACACGCUCUCCUUCAAACAAUUGUCUAGACUCAAUGCUGGUUCUUAUUACUGCCGGGUCCAAAACAGUAAUGGAAUUAGCAGCUCCCCCCAAAGCAUGCUGCAUGUACUGUUUCCACCAAGUGACGUUUCGCUCACUUCAUUUGUGGCGACGCAAAGCGGGAUUUCGGCGAUAAUUCAGUGCUCCGUGGCAAGCGACCCUCGUUCCGAGAUAUUCAUUUAUAGGACGGAAAGAUUAAUGGCUUCCAGCGCGACAGGAAGCACUGAUAAGAGAUACGCCGUCUCGGCUUCACGGAACGCCCUAAAACUGGAGAUUCCAGACGUCCUCCUGGAAGACGAAGGGACAUACACAUGUUUCGCUAAUAACACGUAUGGCAAUGCAAUGAGCUCACUGGACUUCACGGCUGAGACGACAAAAAUUAUUGCCUCUCCGUCACUUGAAGUGGUUGAGGGUCUCCCAGUGAACUUGACUUGUGUUGUGAGGAGCUCUGCCGAGGAGGACGCCUAUUCAUACACUUGGUAUAAAAACAAUGCCCCGUACUCUGAAGGUCAGGAGGGGUUUCUUAAAUUCCCACAAGUCGCCAGCACCGAUUCCGGGUCUUAUUACUGCAAAGUCUGGAAUGGAGAGAAGAGUAAGGAGUCCGCCUCGGUCAGCCUUACUGUCCUGUACCCACCAAGACACAUCCAGCUGAAGUCCUUCCUAGACACCGAGGAGAGUAGAGUCGCUUCCAUCCGCUGCACCGUGGACAGUUACUCUCCGGCGCAAAUUCAUCUUUACUUUGAAAACCAGCUAGUGGCUUCCAAUAUGAAUCGUACAACUUCCAACCAACGCUACAUCGCUUCCUUCUCACACAACGAAUUACGCCUGGAGAUUAAAGACGUCAAGCUGGGGGAUGGAGGGAAAUACACCUGCGCCGCCACAAACGACAUGGGCUCAGCUUCACAGUCAACAUAUUUCAAAGUACAGACUGCAAGAAUUCUCGUUAGCCCUUCCGUAGAAGUUUUGGAAGGGGAAACGGUGACGCUAACCUGUGACGUGACGAAGACCCAGCUUGAGGGGGUAACUUACACCUGGUAUAAAAACAGUAAGAUGUUACUGGAAACGGCCGAAAACACCCUGGUGUUUGACAGGAUCCAGGCCGGUGAUUCCGGAUACUAUUACUGCAAAGCUCACGAUACUCAAGAAAGCAGCCGGUCUCCAUCCGUGUCGCUGCACGUGUCCUAUGCCCCUAGAGAACCAUUCAUGUCAUCCUUUUGGGAGACCCAGAGUGGACUGAUUGGCAUCAUCCAGUGUUCCGUGGACAGUGAUCCACCCGCCAGCUUGACGUUGUACAGGCAAAAUAUCAUGGUUGGAAAGUCUGACUCCGACAAGUCGACCAGCCAGAGAAUGACAAUAACCUCUUUGCAGAACUCACUGAAACUGGAGAUCAGGGAUGUUGUCUUGGAAGAUGAAGGGGUCUACAUGUGUACAGCCAAUAACUCUAUUGGGUACUCAACAUCAUCAAUAAACUUUACUGCACAAACCACUAGGAUCCUGAUCAGUCCAUCGCCGGUGGUGCAGGAAGGACAGUCUGUAAACCUAACAUGCUCUGUUGCCACUGAUACCCCACAAGGGGCCAAAUACACAUGGUAUAAAAAUGGACACUGGUACAAAGAAGACACAGAAGGGUCAUUUAUGUUGAAGUCCACAUCCAGAGAAGAUCAAGGGUCAUAUUUCUGCACGAUGCAUAAUCAGCACGGGGCCAAGAGCUCACCAUCGGUUGUGUUAAACAUCUUGCAUGCUCCAGAUAAUGUGUACAUUAAAUCAUUUCUGGAGGUCCAGAAUGGAAAAGUGGCCAUUAUUCAAUGCGGGGCAGAGAGUAAUCCUCCACCGGAGAUGUCUCUCUAUAAAGAUGAGAAGCUCUUAGCAUCUUCAGCAGCCGGCGGUGCGUCCGGUAAGAGGAUGUACAGCUAUUUCUCCUCCAACUCGCUGACUCUGCAGAUAACGGACAUCUUGAUGGCCGAUGGAGGACAGUACACCUUCGUAGCGAACAACACGUUCGGCUCAAAACAAGUGUCUACCGUCUUUUCUGUGGAAGGCGCUCGAGUUCUCAUGAGUCCACCGACAGAUCUCCAGGAAGGCCGUUCGGUUACCUUAACCUGUGACGUCUUAGACAGCUCUCUAAUUGUAACCGGUUAUACAUGGUAUAAAAACAAUAAGUGGCUCCAGGACGGCUCCAUGGCCUCUCUUGUGGUUAAUAGGGUUGACCCUGGCGAUGCUGGGUCUUACCUGUGCACAGCCCAUAUGAGAGAAGGCUCUGUCACCUCCUCAUCCGUCAUCUUACGUGUGCUGUACCCACCUAGGAACCUGUCCCUUGUCUCAUUCUUGGAGACUCAGGAGAGGCGCCUGGGUGUUGUAAUGUGCAGAGUGGACAGCGUGCCGCCCUCCCAUCUAUCACUCUACCGAGGAACUGAAGAAGUCAUUUCCACCGCGCUCCACGGCUCCCACGGUAAACUGUCAUCUUCACAUAACUCACUGAAGCUGGAAAUCUCAGAGAUCGUGGAGGAGGAUCAAGACUUAUAUAUAUGUCGGGCCAACAAUUCCUUGGGCAGUUCAGAAACAUCUAUACAGUUUGCUGUGCAAACUGCGAGAGUGGUUGUGUUUCCAUCUUCCGAGCUACGAGAAGGAGCCUCGGCAAACCUCACCUGUCACGUUCCCAGGACGGCGAGACGCAACGGGAACUAUACCUGGUACCGGAAUAAUAACUGGCUGACGGACCGGGCUGGUGCCUCCUUAGUGCUGCCCAACGUCUCCGCUUCCGAUGCCGGCUCUUACCACUGUGUGGCCGAGCACUCGGGAGAAUGCAGAAUCUCAUCGCUGAUCGGAAUAACGGUCCUGUAUGGCCCCAGGAAGCUGGUGAUGACCUCGUUCUUGGAAACCCAUGGUAGAAGGAGAGGAAUCAUCGUGUGCAGCGCUGACAGCGUCCCACCGUCCGUCAUCAGCUUGUACAGCAGAGAUGUCCUCCUGGCCAGCACCGUUUUAACUCAGGCAGACCAGGGGCAGAAGUUCUGGUCAUCUUCAUCUUACAACUACCUGAGGUUGGAGAUAAGGGAUGUCGGAGCGGAAGAUUCCGGAAGCUACGUCUGCACUGCUAACAAUUCUUUAGGUGCCACAAAGUCAACCAUAACUUUCAGCAUUACGAAUUGGGAAGCGUUACUGUACAAGGUGAUGGCCUGUAUUGCCAUAAUAUGCAUCAUUAUUCUGAUGGGCGCCAUUGCUGUGAUUCUGUACAGGAUAAAGUCUAAAGAAAAAUAUAAAAUCCAGACAGAAAUGGAUUCGUUUGAGAUGGAGAAGGGGACCGCGGAGGAUCAAAGUUGAUCUUGAGGCUCGUGCUGCGAUGAGGACACGUUGGGAGCCGUGCCCAUGCGCUGUUAUACUGGAUAAUGUUACACGAUAUGACUGCAGGCGUUUUAAAUGGUUGUGACGAAUGAGAAUUACAGAGACUGAGUGUUAAAUACUCU